UUUUAUUUUUAAACAAAAAUUUGUGUGCCCAUUAACGAUCACCGUUUGCUCCAUAGCAUAGGGAGCACUACCGGUCCAGUAGAUCAUUAGCCGUGUUGGUAUUGUGUCGUUGGAUAAAAAAACGCGGCGGUUUCGGCUAAUAUAUAAAUAUAACUUUAUACGACGUUACGGCAAACAUUCACUUGUGGCAUAUAUAAUAUAAAAGGCUAACAUAUAGCUAAAUUUAUUUAUAAAUACUAGCUAAUAUAACAAAACUGCCUAAUUUUAUCUAAAAAAGUAAUAAUAGUUAGUGCAAAAAAGUGUGUGAGAAUUGUUAAAACAGGUGCGGUAAAUCGAAAGGGAAAGGUUGCGGUGAAAUAUGUCGGGUGAUGUGCAGCCGCGUAAGCGAAAGGAUAAGAAAAAGAGACGUGAUGGGCUCGAUCGUAAAUCGGAGGGUGAACUAUCUUUCUCGCGUCAUUCAAGCUUUGAAGAUGAUGAGUCUUCGCAUGGCGUGCACAUCACCAAGAUGGGCACCGAAGAUGUACACUUCCAUGUGCAGCAUGAACACGGUACUGGCGGCCAUUGGUGUGCGAAGAUAUUCUUCUUUUCACUAUUAGCCAUUCUCUUUGGACUCGUUGGCUUGAUAAUAUUGGAGAAUCGCGGCAUAUCUGAUUUGGACACACCUUUGUCAGAGUCACGUUUCUCAAAUUAUUUCGACGGCUGGGUGGAUGAGAGUCGGCAAGAGCACGACGAUCACGAUCCCGUGCAGGCGUCAAUAGAAGAACAUGACGAGCACGACGAACCGUUCGAAGAGGAGGAAGAUCACUCUGAAUUGGAUGAAGAUGCCGAUGAAGAGCAUGACGAUGAUGAUGAUGAGCAAGAGGAGGCAGAAGAUGAAGAUGCCACAACGGAACAAACAAAAGAAGAAGAAGAUGAUGAUGAAGAGAGAGAUGAAGAUAACGAUAAUGAGGAUGAAGAUGAAGAUGACGAAGAAGAUGCAACUCAAGAGGCUACAGUUGAACAAAGUAACGAAGCGGAAGAGAAUGAAGAUGAUGAUAAUGAUGUUGAUAAUGUCAGCAAAAAUGAGGGGGAAGAGGAUGACGACGAGGAAGACGAGAAUGUAACACAAGAAGCAACAAAAGAAGAAGAAGAAGAUGAUGAUGAUGAAGCAGAUGAUAAUGAUGAAGAUGAGAAUAAUACGAAUGAGAAAACCGUCGAAGUUAGUCAAGAAGCGAAUGACGACGAUGAUAAUGAUAAUGAAGCCGACGAAAAUGAUAGCAAUGCUAAUGCGGCCGAUGACGAUGAUGAUGACGCUGAAGACGAUGAUGAUAAUAGUGUGGAACCCAUCUAUGAGCGUUCCACUCAACAAACCAGUCAACAUUCAGCUGGCAAUAGCGCUGCUGCAGACGAUGAUGAUGAUGCUUUUGAUGAGGAAGACGAUGAUGAUGAUGAUGAGACUAACGACUCAGUAGAGAAUGUUGUCGACAAUGAUGCUGAGGAGCUCUUGUUGUUACAACAAAAAGCGCGACAACAAGCAGCAGAGGCUGCCAAAAAUGCGCCUAACUCUGCAGAGCAGAAUGAUAAAGACGACUCAGCUGAAGCGGUGCCAUCUUGGGCCUCAUCUCUUGCGGUUAAAUUUGGCGUCGGUGUGGCACUCGCGCUAGUUGCACGCCUUGUAUUGAUUAGGAAUAAUCCAAAUACAAUCAUUGAAAUGUUUAAGAUUUUAUACGCAUAUUAUAUUUUGCGCCAUUAUGAGGAACCUUCACCGGAGGUGAUAAUGAAGCGUCGCCUAACAAUCGCAACUGCGGAGGACACUUACGACAACGAUGAGGAGGAGCCACCACUGCUAGAUGAUGGCGAGUACUCUGAAGAAGAAAUCGAAAUCGAAGAGGAAUACGAAUAUGAAGAGGAUGAAGAAAUCGAAUUACCUGAAGACCUUGACGACAAUCUAUCAGCCUUGGCCGGCGAAUAUAUACCGGAAACUUUUGAGCAAUUAAAUAGUCUCUAUCGUUCACAUCUCAGCGAACCGGAUUCGGGUGCAUCCAGCUCAAAUCCACAACGUGUUGAAGAAGUGAGAGAUCAACGUUUUGUUGCGAAGAAACAGCCAGCAGUAUUCAAUGCACCACCACCGCCAACCACAACUGAUAAAUCAUACAAGAAGGUAUCACCAUUUACCGCAACUACAACAACAACAGCAACAGCACAAUCAUUUACGCCAACUUUAAAACAAACACAAUCACCAACAACAACAACAACAAGCAGCACGAAAGACGAAACUAUAAAACGAAAUCCAAAUUUUAAUACCACAACAACAAAACCAACAACGGCUGCUGAUCUAUACUCUGCGAAAAGCAAUAUCAAACAAUACAUACCGGAUUCACCAAAAACGACAAAACACGAAGUUACACACGAUUUGGACUAUCAACCCGAUGAAGAGGAUAUCGAUUAUGAUGAUGAUGAAGAUGUUGAAGGUGUUGAUGAUGAUGGUGUUGGUGGCACAUAUACGCGCGAUAUAUUAGACGAUACAGACGAAGAGGAUGAGGUAGAUGAAGAUGAGGAUGAAGAAGAAGACGAUGAUCUUUUAGAUGAUGAGGAUAUUUCAGAUGUUGAUGACACUGAACUCAUGAAUAGAUUAGAGGCAAAAUAUGGCCGUUUGCCGGCUAAAGAAUACGAGAGCGAUGAAGAUCCAGACGAUCCAACAUGGACACAAAUCAAACCAAAGGAAGAAUUAGGUGGUGGACCCCAAGCUCAAAACGAUGAUUUCGAUUCGUAUGAACAUGAGCUGCGUCGCGCAAACGAAGAUAUAAUGCGAGAGAAUUACGCAAUCGCCGUUAAGCGUUUCGCCGAACUCGUACAACGUUUUCCCGACCGACCAGCGGUAUUUCUCGGACAAGCGACGGUGCUCGAUAAGCUGUCGGAGCGUCAGCGUAGCAACACAUUGCUGACACAAGCACUGUUGGCGUACAAGCGUUAUUUUGCGCUGGGCAACGCCGUCACCGAUCAUGCGCAGUUUCGCGCCACCGCUGAGCGCUGCAUCGAGCGCAUGCGCUUCAUGGGUCACCACAUGCAGGCGGUGCCCAUACAUCUGCAGCUGAUCGCACGCUUUAUCAAUGAACCGGAUGUGCGAAAUCAAUUGGCCAUCACUUUCCUGCUGCAAAAUCGUUUAAGCGACGCCAAGCUGGUGCUGCAGGAAGUAUUGCGCCGUUGGCCCAAGGACGGUUUUGCGCAGGUGCACUAUGGUUUCGUUCUGCGUCAGCUGGAUAAGGAUUACAAGAAUGCCGUUAUUUACUUGCGUGCGGGCAUCAAAUCGAAAGCGCCAGGCACACAGGAUGGUCGUUUCUACUUCAAUCUGGGCGAUUCGCUGCAACGUCUUGGUCGCCAAGCUGAAGCCGUUGAAGUGUAUAAACGCGGCGCAGCGCUCAAGCUAUUUCCGUCCGUCUACCAGCGUUCACUGUACAAUGAGCCGGAUUUGCGUGCCCAGCCCUACUGGACCAAAGUGGAGACCACUUACGCGGUAUAUCUGAAUCAAUUGGAACGUAAUUGGCGCGCGAUACGUGAUGAAGCGUUAAGCUUGUUGGGUAGGCGUGGCAAUUAUCUCGACGAGACGGAAAGUUUGCGUGAUACCGGUGAUUGGCAGCAAUUCGAGUUGUAUUCACGUGGUCAGCGGCGCGUGCAGAAUUGUCAGAAAGCGCCAAUAACAUGUGGACUUAUUGAGAAAUUUACAGCGGCAGCGGGCUGUCGACGUGGUCAAGUUAAAUUCAGUAUCAUGCAACCGGGCACGCAUGUUCAUGCUCACUGUGGACCGACGAAUUGCCGUUUACGUGCCCACCUGGGUCUGGUUGUGCCGCCAGGACCACGCUUGCGUGUGGCUGAGGAAGAGCGCACUUGGAAUGAGGGUGAAUUUUUGAUAUUCGACGAUAGUUUCGAACAUGAAGUAUGGCAUAACGGUACUAGUUUACGACUCGUGCUGAUUAUCGAUGUCUGGCAUCCAGAUUUGAGCGAAAUAAAACGGCGUACACUGUCAGCGAUUUGAUCGGAAAGUAGUUGUUGUGGCCGUAAAAAGUUCCUGUUCGCACUACACCAAAUAGAUUGAAACGUAUAAUUAAUUUUUAGAACAAAAAAAAAAAAAAUAAAAAAAUGCUUUUUAUUGCGGCUUUUAUAAAUAGCUUAUUAGCACCUAGGCUAUCACACUUGCUAACACGCUAACUAAUUUCGUAAUUGCAGUUAAGUUGAACUUUCCUUACUAAAAUGUGAAUUAAUAUAGUUUAUGUUAAAAGCGUAAAAAUGUAACUCAAAGGUAUAGUUUUAAGAACACUUAGAAGUCAUUAUGGUUUAAAUUUGGUUAGGAGAGAAUCUCUAGGCGACAUGCUGAUACUUUUGUUACUUAAAUGAAGAGUUCUAGGUUACUUAUUUUCUUUUUUUAGUUUUUAUAUUAAUUUUCUGAAAUAA